AUGUUAUGUGAAGCUGUGCCACCACUGGAUUGGCAACAUGCAAAUCUGGAUGAAGUCAAGGAAUUCCUCCGGCAAGAGCAACUUGCGGGAACUCAGUUCGAAGGCGGCAAGUCAAAGGCAGCGGAGAAAGAAGCCGUGGAACCGGCCAGUGCGACAUCAGCUGGCAGAGUGAAGAAAGAGUUGCAAACCCCCAAAGGUGCGAAGCCUGGGUGCAAGAUCGAACAGAGCAGCCCGCCGGAGCGCGAGCAUCCUGGACUGUGCCCUGCUUCGGGCAAAGCUGCUGAUCAGGAAGAGGCCUCGACCCCGAAUAGCAAGCGCGGCCGACGCGAGGCUGCAACACCCAAUAUACGCAGCGAUCCCGGGAGCAACCGCAAAUCUUCAGUGAAGCGGCGAAGGAUGAGAGGCAAAACGCCAAGCUCUGCAAGCAAAGACCGUACAUGUGCUCAGGAGCAGCCGGCAGCCGCCACCAACGAGCCAGGACAAAGCAGCACCCCGGAAGCAAAGAAGCAGAAGCCCAGCAAAACGCCGAGCCCAGCAAAGCAAUCCGAGAUUGACAAGCCCGAGGCCACUCCAGGCCAGCCAGAGUGCAAGCCCAAGGACGACGCCAGAGCCACCCCUGACAUGCAAGAAGGGACCAACGCUGCAGCCAGCAAGACCACGACUCCAGACAAGAGCAAAGCCACACCUGGCAAGAAACAGAAAGACACUCCAGAGAAGCCUGCUGUUGAGACCAAUGCUGCACUUCAGACCGCUAGUCCAGACAAGAGCAAAGCCACACCUGGCAAGAAACAAAAAGACACUCCAGAGAAGCCUGCUGCAGAGACCAAUGCUGCACCCAGCAAGACCACUAGUCCAGAUAAGACCAAAGCCACACCUGGCAAGAAGCAAAAAGACACUCCAGAGAAGCCUGCUGCAGAGACCAAUGCUGCACCCAGCAAGACCACUAGUCCAGACAAGACAACCAAAGCCACACCUGGCAAGAAGCAAAAAGACACUCCAGAGAAGCCUGCUGCAGAGACCAAAGGCACCCCAGGCAAAAGCCCAGGCAGUGUGGGAAAGCGCCGACCAGCCAAGAGCCCUUGGAAGAAAGAGUCUCCGGAGCCCAAGGCAUCGGCCGACAGUGGUUCCAGAUCGCAUUCGCUGGUCCGUUCCAACACUGCCACCUCCGAUCAAAGCUGGAUCUCUUCGCCGUGGUCUGAUCAUGGAUCCUGGGCGAGUGCGAGGCAGUGGGAUCACAGUUGGAAUUCGAAUCAGUGGGACUGGGGCUGGGGGUCCUAUGGCCCUGAGAAUUCCUGGAAUGAUAAUUUAUGGAGUUCUUGGUCGGGUUACGAUUGGAACAAGUCUCAAGGGGCACCCACAAGGGGUGCAGAGGUUCCUCAGGAGUCAAAGGAUGAUCCAGGUUCUCGGGUGGAGGCCAUCUUGCGGCGAGGACAUACGGUGGACCAGCUGACAAAUGAGGAGCUUCACCUCAUUGUCAGCCACAUCGACAAGAAGCAGAAGACUGAUCAUGAUCAUGUUCAUGAAGGAAGUGACAAGCAGGAGAAGACAGAUCAGAAAGAAGGUGUCAACUGCCCGCCCGAGAUUACCCGCCUCGCUCGAAAGGAUUGGAAAAAAUCCACUUUGCUUGCCACUUUGAGAUCCAAGAAUUCGAGUGCUCGCAGGGGCAUUCGAAAAUGGAUGCUGUUUACAGAGAUGUGCUCAAGGUGGGGAGAGAAGAUUGCUUUGGCAAUGGUGGAGACAAAAGAAAGUGACGAACAGAAGGCCGAGGAUGAGAUCAGAGACUUUCCAGAGGUCCCCACCAUGAAGCAGUACCUGUGCCUCUGCGAAGAUUCAGAAGAGGACCUGGAGGAAGAGGCAUUCGAGACAGUGUUCUCGUCGACAGGUGCCUCGGAUUCCUCGUCCUCUGAGGCUAAGGGCGACACUGCCCAGGCUCUUACUGAGGAGCAGGAGUACCAGAAAAUUCUGGCAGAGAAUAAGUCCAAAGCCAACAAGGCCACGACCAAGGCGACUGAUCGGAUCAAGAUUGCCACGAAGCUGAAGAAUGAAAAGUCGAAUGAUGGCAUGUCAGCAGCUUAUCCCAAAACCCAUGACCAAGUCCCAUGA